AUGGUCAACUUCGACGCUUUCGCUCGGUGCCUGUGUGAGCGUUGGCAUGUGCCGCUCCCGCUGGAAACCAUGUCGGCAGUGAGAUGGGCGCCUGUGAACGUGGAUGCUGGGCUCGAUAUUGCAGACACGCCGCCGGUUGUUUUGCCGGAGUGGUGCCUCUUCGGCGAGGCGGGCAAGCGCAUCGUUUUCUUCGUGGAUUGCCAGUCAGCGGGCCGGCUGGUGAACGGCGAGAUGGAGCUCACGGAUGACACCUACACGCAUGUUUUCAAUCGCAUCAGUAAUAUGCAACAUUCGUUGUGCCGUCUCGGUUGGCGCCUCCGCGGUAUCACGAAUCCUUUGUGGAGUGGGUCCCGAGGGGGUGGAACAAGGGAGCGGACCAUCUUGCGAACGUGGCGCUGCGCGACCGGGACGCCAUGCUUUGGCACGGGAAGGACGGGGACGCGUUGA